GCCCGUGGUGUCAGCGAGCACUCAACUUCUUCCUCUGGUGAAGUGGGUUUACUUGAACUUGAAGGAAAGAAAAAAAAUGUCACCACUUCUGAGAAGCAUCUGUGACAUCACUGAAAUUUUCAAUCAAUAUGUCUCACAUGAUUGUGAUGGAGCAGCAUUAACUAAGAAAGACCUGAAGAACCUCCUCGAAAGGGAAUUUGGAGCUGUCCUUCGGAGACCACAUGACCCCAAGACGGUAGAUCUGAUCCUGGAACUUCUGGAUCGUGACCGUAAUGGGCGUGUCGAUUUCAACGAAUUCCUCCUAUUUAUUUUCAAAGUGGCUCAAGCUUGUUACUAUGCUCUCGGCCAGGCUACGGGACUGGAUGAGGAGAAGCGAGCCCGGUGUGACGGAAAGGUGAGCCUGUUACAAGAUCGCAGGCAAGAAGAAGACCAAAGGAGAUUCGAGUCCCGGGACAGACAACUGGAAGAAGAACCUGGGCAACGACGCAGGCAGAAAAGGCAGGAACAGGAGAGGGAGCUCGCUGAGGGAGAGGAGCAAAGUGAGAAACAAGAGCGACUUGAGCAGCGCGACAGGCAGCGCCGCGACGAGGAGCUAUGGCGGCAAAGGCGAGAAUGGAAAGAACAGGAAGAGCGCCGUGCAGAGGAAGAACAGCUGCAGAGGUGCAAGGGUCACGAAACUGAGGCGUUUCCAGAUGAAGAGCAACAACGAAGGCGGGAGCUGCAGGAGCUGAGGAGGGAGCGCCGCGAGGAGAAGCAGCAGCAAAGGCGAGAGCGGCAAGAAAGAGUGCUCCAGGAGGAAGAAGAGAAAGAGUGGAGGAAGCGCGAGAGAGUGCUCCGGCAGGAAGAGAAGCUGCAGGAAGAAGAGCCGCAGCUGCAAAGAGAGCUCCAGGAGGAAGAAGAGCAGCUACAGAAGCUGGAGCGGCAAGAGCUGAAGAGGGAGCGCCAGGCAGAAGAGCAGCAGCAGCAAAGGCUGAGGCGCGAGAGGGAGGAGGAGAGGCGCGAGCAGCAACUAAGGCGCGAGCAGGAGGAGGAGAGGCGCGAGCAGGAGGAGAGGCGCGAGCAGCGGCUGAAGCGCGAGCAGGAGGAGAGGCGCGAUUGGCUGAAGCGCGAGGAGGAGGAGGAGAGGCGCGAGGAGCGGCUGAAGCGCGAGGAGCGGCUGAAGCGCGAGGAGCAGCAGGAGAGGCGCGAGCAGCAGGAGAGGCGCGAGCAGCAGGAGAGGCGCGAGCAGCGGCUGAAGCGCCAGGAGGAGGAAGAGAGGCGCGAGCAGCUGCUGAAGCGCGAGGAGAAGGAGAGGCUCCAGCAGGAUAGGCGCGAGCAGCGGCUGAAGCGCGGGCAGGAGGAGGAGAGGCGCGAUCAGCUGCUGAAGCGCGAGGAGGAGGAGGAGAGGCUUGAGCAGGAGGAGAGGCGCGAGCAGCGGCUGAAGCGCGAGCAGGAAGAGAGGCGCGAGCAGCGGCUGAAGCGCGAGGAGGAGGAGAGACUCGAGCAGGAGGAGAGGCGCGAGCAGCUGGAAGAGAGGCGCCAGCAGUGGCUGACGCGCGAGCAGGAGCUGGCUGAGGAGAAGCAGGAACAGGCCCGGGAGCGGAUUAAGAGCCAGACCCCGAAGUGGCAGUGGCAGCUAGAAAGCGAGGCCGACGCACGGCAAAGCAAAGUCUACUCGAGGCCCCGCAAGCAGGAAGGACAGAGGCGCAGUCAAGAGCAGGAGGAAAAGAGGCGGCGCCGGGAGCGUGAGCUGCAAUGGCAGGAGGAGGAACCGGCUCGCCGGCAGCAGCAGGAAGAGGAGCAGCGCGGGGACUUCACUUGGCAGUGGCAGGCGGAGGAAGAGCGCCAGAGGGGCCGUCAGAGGCUGUCGGCCAGGCCCUCAUUGCGGGAGCAGCGGGAGAGGCAGCUGAGAGCCGAGGAGCGCCAGCAGCGGGAACAACGGUUUCUCCAGGAGGAGGAGAAGGAGCAGCGGCGCCGUCAGCGUAGCGAGAGGGAGAAAGAGCUGCAGUUCCUGGAGGAAAAGGAGCAGCUCCAGCGGCGGGAGCGUGCCCAGCAGCUCCAGGAAGAGGGGUACGGCUCCCAGGAGGAUCAGGAGAGGAGGCGAAGCCCGGAGCAGCGCCGCGACCAAAAAUGGAGGUGGCAACUAGAAGAAGAAAGGAAGAGACGCCACCACACGCUGUACGCCAAGCCAGCCCUACGAGGCCAGCUGAGAAAGGAACAGCAGCUGCAGCAGCAGGAGGAGGAGCAGCUGCAGAGAGAGGAGCGCGAGAAGAGAAGGCGCCAGGAGCAGGAGAGACAAUACCGCGAGGAAGAGCAGCUACAGCAGGAGGAAGAGCAGCUACAGCAGGAGGAAGAGCAGCUGCUGAGAGAGGAACGGGAGAAAAGAAGACGCCAAGAGCGGGAAAGGCAAUACCGGGAGGAUGAGGAGCUGCAGCAGGAGGAAGAGCAGCUGCUGGGAGAGGAACGGGAGAAGAGAAGGCGCCAGGAGCGGGAGAGACAAUACCGCAAAGAAGAGGAGUUGCAGCAGGAAGAAGAGCAGCUGCUGAGAGAGGAACGGGAGAAAAGAAGACGCCAGGAGCGGGAGAGAGAAUACCGCGAGGAAGAGGAGCUGCAGCAGGAGGAAGAGCAGCUGCUGAGAGAGGAACGGGAGAAGAAAAGGCGCCAGGAGCGGGAGAGACAAUACCGCAAAAAAGACGAGCUGCAGCAGGAAGAAGAGCAGCUGCUGAGAGAGGAACGGGAGAAAAGAAGACGCCAGGAGCGGGAAAGGCAAUAUCGGGAGGAAGACGAGCUGCAGCAGGAGGAAAAGCAGCUGCUGAGAGAUGAAAGGGAGAAGAGAAGGCGCCAGGAGCUGGAGAAGCAAUACCGCGAGGAAGAGGAGCUGCAGCAGGAAGAAGAACAGCUGCUGAGAGAGGAACAGGAGAAAAGGCGCCAGGAGCGGGAGAGGCAGUAUCCGGAAGAGGAAGAGCUUCGGCACCAGGAGAGGAAGCGGCGAUACCGGGAUGAGGAUCAGCGCCGUGAUCUGAAAUGGCAGUGGGAACUAGAAAAAGACAAUGCAGUUCGUAAUAACAGGGUUUACUGCAAACGUAGAGAGAAUGAACCGUUCCGGCAGUUGGAAGAUUCCCAGGUGCGCGACAGACAGUCCCAGCAAGAUCUGCAGCCCCUGCUGGAUGAACCGCAAGAGAGAGAUGGUGAGCAAGAGAGGAGGCGCUGGCAGCAGCGCGACAGGCAUUUCCCAGAGGAAGAACAACUGGAGCGAGAAGAGCAAAAGGAAGCCAAAAGGCGCGACAGGAAGUUCCAAGAGGAAAAGCAGUUGCUGAGAGAGGAAAGAGAAGAGAAGAGAGUCCGUCGGGAGAGAGACAGAAAAUUCCGCGAGGAGGAACAGCUGCUCCAGGAAAGGGAAGAACAGCUGCUCCAGGAAAGGGAAGAACAGCUGCUCCAGGAAAGGGAGGAACAGCAGCUGAGACGCCAAGAGCGUGACAGAAAAUUCCGCGAAGAGGAACUGCGCCGUCAGGAACGAGAGAGAAAAUUCCUAGAAGAGAAACAGCAGCUAGGCCGCCAGGAGCGCGAGCAACAGCUGCGCCAGUUCCGCGACAGAAAAUUACGCCAGGAGGAACAGCUGCACCAGGAGAGGGAGGAACAGCAGCUGAGCCGCCAGGAACAAGAGAGAAAAUUCCUGGAGGAUGAACAGCAGCUGGCCCGCCAGGAGCGCCAACAACAGCUGAGCCAGGAGCGCUACAGAAAAUUCCGUGAAGAGGAACAGCUGCUCCAGGAAAGAGAGGAACAGCAGCUGCGCCGCCAAGAGCGUGACGGAAAAUUCCUCGAGGAGGAACAGCAGCUGCGCCGCCAGGAGCGCGAACGACAGCUCCGCCACGACCGCGACAGAAAAUUCCGCGAAGAGGAACAGCUGCUCCAGGAAAGGGAGGAACAGCAGCUGCGCCGCCAGGAGCGCGAACAACAGCUCCGCCACGACCGCGACAGAAAAUUCCGCGAAGAGGAACAGCAGCUGCGCCGCCAAGAGCGUGACAGAAAAUUCCUCGAGGAGGAACAGCAGCUGCGCCGCCAGGAGCGCGAACAACAGCUGCGCCAAGACCGCGACAGAAAAUUCCGCGAAGAGGAACAGCUGCUCCAGGAAAGGGAGGAUCAGCAGCUGCGCCGCCAAGAGCGUGAUAGAAAAUUUCUGGAGGAGGAACAGCAGCUGCGCCGCCAGGAGCGCGAACAACAGCUCCGCCACGACCGCGACAGAAAAUUCCGCGAAGAGGAACAGCUGCUCCAGGAUAGGGAGGAACAGCAGCUGCGCCGCCAAGAGCGUGACAGAAAAUUCCGCGAAGAGGAACAGCAGCUGCGCCGCCAAGAGCGUGACAGAAAAUUCCUCGAGGAGGAACAGCAGCUGCGCCGCCAGGAGCGCGAACAACAGCUGCGCCAAGACCGCGACAGAAAAUUCCGCGAAGAGGAACAGCUGCUCCAGGAUAGGGAGGAUCAGCAGCUGCGCCGCCAAGAGCGUGACAGAAAAUUCCGCGAAGAGGAACAGCAGCUGCGCCCUCAGGAACGAGAGAGAAAAUUCCUCCAGGAGGAACAGCAGCUGCGCCGCCAGGAACUGGAGAGAAAAUUCCGUGAGGAGGAACAGCUGCGCCAAGAAACGGAGGAAGAGCAGCUGCGCCGCCAAGAACGCGACAGAAAAUUCCUGGAGGAAGAGCAGCUCCGUCAGGAAAGGGAAGAACAGCAGCUGCGCCGUCAGGAGCGCGACAGAAAAUUCCGUGAGGAGGAACAGCAGCUGCGCCGCCAAGAGCGUGACAGAAAAUUCCUCGCGGAACUGCAGCUGCGCCGCCAGGAGCGCGAACAACAGCUCCGCCACGACCGCGACAGAAAAUUCCGCGAAGAGGAACAGCUGCUCCAGGAUAGGGAGGAUCAGCAGCUGCGCCGCCAAGAGCGUGACAGAAAAUUCCGCGAAGAGGAACAGCAGCUGCGCCCUCAGGAACGAGAGAGAAAAUUCCUCCAGGAGGAACAGCAGCUGCGCCGCCAGGAACUGGAGAGAAAAUUCCGUGAGGAGGAACAGCUGCGCCAAGAAACGGAGGAAGAGCAGCUGCGCCGCCAAGAACGCGACAGAAAAUUCCUGGAGGAAGAGCAGCUCCGUCAGGAAAGAGAAGAACAGCAGCUGCGCCGCCAGGAGCGCGACAGAAAAUUCCGCGAGGAGGAACAGCUCCCCCAGGAGAGGGAAGAACAGCAGCUGCGCCGCCAAGAUCGUGAGACAAAGUAUCGCUGGGAAGAAGAGCAGCUGCAGCUUAAGAAACAGGAAGAGCAGAGGCUCAGGCAGGAGCGAGACGGGCAGUACCGGGGGGAGGAGCAGUUUGCCACGCAGGAGAAGAGUCGUCGUCAGGCACAAGAACUAUGGCAAGAAGAAGAGCAGAAACGUCGCCAGGAACGGGAAAGGAAAUUAUGGGAAGAACACCUCCGCAGCGAGCAGGAGGAGGAACAGAGGCGCCGCCAAGUCCGGGAAACACAAUCCCAAGAAGGGAAGGGCCAUGGGCGGCUUCUGGAGCCCGGCAGUCAUCAGUUUGCCAGCGUCCCAGUGCGCUCCAGCCCUCUCUAUGAGUACAUCCAAGAGCAGAGAUCUCAAUACCGCCCUUAAGAGAUGUUGCCAAUGUCCUGACACCUGCCAAAGCUUCGAGCACGGGAAAAUGAGAAACACUGGGUACCAAGUGAUAACUCAGAUGUUUCUGGUUGUGGGAAAACUAUCUGAUGUUAGAAUGUCUUCUUCCAAAAUCUUAAACUACGCUUAUUUUAUGUACUUUGUACUCCUGCCUUUUAUUCUUCCUCAAGUAGUUCUUUACUGCAAGAUGUCUUUCUUUUGCUCUUUGAUGCAGAUGUGGUGUGCAUUUUUUAAAAAGCAUAUAAAUCAUUUAAUUUGUUUAAGAAAUUUUGUUUGAUGAACAUGUUCAUUUAUUGCUUUCAGAAGCAACAAGAAUAAUAAGAUGAUUUGAGAUUCUAAACAAUGGGUCUGUUUGUUUAAUGAUUGACCCAUCUUGUGGAAAGUGCAGAUACUUUUAAUGUUCAAGUUGCUAUUUCUUCUUGAACCUAAAUUGAUCAUUUUCUCCAAACAGCUUUUCAUCUUUUGUGGCAUAAUAAGCACAAAUUCCAGGUAACUAAAUUUUUAUAACCCUUGUUGAAUAGUGCAGGAGGAGUGACCUCUGCAUAAAAACUUCCUGUGAAGUCAGCCCAUUACAGGAAGAAAUAUCUGUUAUAAAUAGGUUUAGCUUUGAAGAUUUACAGUUCAAAUUAGAUUUUUUUUACACUCAACUCCACUUAAACACAUGAUCUCAUGAAGCAAAAAUGAGGUGUUUCUCAAACAACUUCAGAGUUCAAAUUUUAAAAUUAUGUCUGUUGUAGUCUGUAGUGUUCAUUCUACUUCCCUAAGUUUUGAUGAGUUUGAGAAUAUUACAAACCUUUGUUAAUUUUAGCUUAUUAGAAGGAAGCUGCUCAGAAUCCCAUAAACAUCUAUCUUACUCUAGGGCCAAUAAGAGAUCACAUAGAGCAUGUUGGGGGUGUAAAAGGGAAAAAUGCGUGAACAUAGGGGCAAAUUUCUAGAGGCCCUUUGACAAGACCCAUCAGCCCACAAUCAUUUGAGGCCUGUUGAUAAUACCUUAGAGAUACUCUUGUUGAAAUAAUUGAACUGUGAAUAAAUUAAUAAAUGUUUAGCAAGUAA